AUGUUUGAAGACUGGAUUUACAAAUACAUACCACAAGCAUCUUGCGCCUUAACUUUCUUAGUAAACCCCAUAUUCAUUUAUCUGAUUUUCUCAGAAAAAUCUUCAAAAUUUGGUAACUAUCGAUUUCUGCUAUUGUACUUUGCUAUUUUCAACCUUCUUUAUUCAAUGCUAAAUGUCAUAGUUCCGUUGGACAUUCAUAACUAUCGCUACUCGUUUUUCAUAUUUGUGAGACACGGUUGGUUCAUGGAACGUUCUGAACUGAAUUUUCAUGCUCUAGCUGCUCGCUGCUCUAUAGUUGCCUCCAGUUACGCAGUUUUAUUUAGUCAUUUCAUAUAUCGAUAUCUUGUGAUUAGUGAUUCAAGUUUAACAAGACAUCAUUUUCAUUGGUACAUGACGGGAUCUUUUCUAUUGUCAUUUUUAUACUUUUCCUGGUGGCACGCUACGUGUUACUUCCCAGGCCGAGCGAACAUUGAACUUCUCCAAUAUAUUCGCGAAGACUUCCAAGAAACAUUUGGUUUGGAUUCGAUGAAUUUUAAUAUGGCUGGAGCCAUGUUCAGCGUAGGAUCUGACAAAACAAAUCUAAGAGCAUGGGAACUCAUAGCAAGUUUGUCAGCAAUAUCCAUUGCAUCUAUCAUAUCAUUUUUUGUGAUGGCUAGAUUGAUAAUGCAAAAGCUCAAGGCAAUGACUGCGAGAACCAGCCAAAAAUCAAGAUUUCAAUUUGAGCUCCUUAGAGCCCUUAUUGUUCAAUCAGUCAUCCCAAUCUUCAUAAGUUUUUCACCGUGCACAUUUUGUUGGUAUAGUGCAAUUUUUGGUAUACAACUAGACAAAUCGUUCAAUUAUUUCGAAUCCAUCGCUUUGGGAGUGUUUUCCUUCGUGGACCCUAUCGCUAUCAUUCUUUGUCUUCCUAUAUUCCGCUGCAAAAUUCUCAACGCAAUCAACUGUUUUUCAAAAAUCUACAACAAGAAUUCAACAAGUUCAAUAACUAAGUUUUAG